UGUUAGAUAACAGUAAUUCUUUAAUAUUUCUUGCCAACUCCUCCCUUACUAUCAACUCAUUGUCACUCACAUGUACCCAUUUCCCCUCUCUCUCAUUCUUUCUCUCUCUAACUAAUACUACAGUACUUGUUUCAAUCUCUUCCAUUGUGUGUGGGGUGUUCUUGUUUCUCCUUUUAUUCUCCAAGAAAAUAACAUUCAAACAUUUACUAGUAGAGAUGACCCUCUUACAGUUCUUGCACUAAUGUUAUUGAUAUUCACUUUCUUGAUGUUAUCAUUGCUUUUUGCACAAUUUUCUGGUGACUGCGUUCUUUGAGCUUAAUUUGGUCUCAUAUGUUCCAAGAAACUUAAUUUGUUCUUUUGGGUAUCUCAGCUCUUUCUGGUAAGAGAUUGAAGCACUGAAAUUUUGGCAUAUUUGUGAAGUUACUGGAGAAAACAAGUCCAUUAAACUUGAUUUCUCAGUAGUAAAAAUCAAAUCUUGAUCUCAGGGGGUGUUGCUAGAUGAUGAAAACUGAAAGAUUAAUUAGGUGAAAGUUAGUGAAACUUAAACCAUUGAGAGAUAUUCGCUGAUUUAUGCUGCUGGAGUUGAUUUGAGGGGUUGCGACAGCCAACAACCACAAAAGCAUAGAAUGGUGCGUAGGAUAGGUUUCCCAGAUUCUUGUUUGAUUUGUGUGGUGUGAAGAACUGGUUCCAGCUGUGUAGUGAAGAGCUUUGAGUUUGACCAUGGCUGCCAAGCUUUUACAUUCAUUGACUGAAGAGAACCAAGAUUUGCAGAAACAAAUUGGAUGUAUGACAGGAAUCUUGCAACUAUUUGAUCGCCAAAGUAUGCUUGCUAGUAGGCGCCUUAUUGGCAACAGCCCCAAAAGGCUCACCUCUGGUAGUUCUCACAUUGGCAGUGACACUUCUGAAAAAGAGUAUGCUAAUACAUACCAAAAAUCAGCAGCUAUGGAAAGCCACACAAACAAGACUGUGCAAGAUAAACAAAGAUUGUCUACAGAAUCGUCGAGACCAUCAUUCUCAUCUUCUUCACGUUCAUCUUCUUUUUCUUCUCUUGAUUGUAAUAAAAUAAGUCAACAAGAGCCCUUAGCUUUUGAUCGAUUAAGUUUUGCUGAAACUCCUUCAAGAGACUCAGCUGCAGGCCAACCAAAUGCAUCACCGCAAUUUGGUCGGCAAUCUCUUGACAUUCGGGAUGUGGUUAAGGAUUCUAUGAAUAGAGAAGCUCAGAGGUUCUCUGCUGGACCUACAAUGAAAGAAGAGGUGACAGAAUCUAUGUUGAAGCCCAGUGAUUCCCCUAGGCCAGUGCAGACUUUGAAAUCCUUUGAUGGGGCUUAUGAUAAUGGGAAGCAGAAUUCGCCUGUUGAUCUUAAGGAAUCUCUCAGAGUUCUUGCAAAACUUCGGGAAGCGCCUUGGUACUCAAAUGAACAUAGGGAACUCACAAGAUCAUUAUCAUAUCAUUCAAAAGACACUUCUACAUCGUCAAUCUCAAAAGAUGCUCCUCGGUUCUCAUGUGAUGGGAGGGAAACAAAUCCUUUACCCUUUGAAUCGCGAGACAUUUCAAAAUCCGCUCUAAAGCUGAAAGAGCUACCAAGACUUUCUUUGGACAGUAGAGUGAGUCCAGUACGAAGCUUGAACUCAGAACCAAAGUCUAACUUUUCCUCAAAAUCUAUGCAGAAGGAUAGUGGUUAUAAUACUAAUGCAAAGUCACCUCCUCUUCUGCAAACAUCUGGAACUCAGGCUCGUCCUCCUAGUGUUGUGGCAAAGCUAAUGGGUCUGGAAACACUACCUGAUGCCGUGUCAUCAACUGACAGCAAGACGGGUUCGAGCAAAUCUUCGCAAGUUGAAGAAACUGUUUCUUUUCCAAGGUCUUCAGAAGUAUCUGAGCCAUGCAAACCUAUCCGAACUCCUAAUUCCACGAAGAACCUCUGGAAAGAACCUACUUCUCCUCGGUGGAGAAACCCUGAUAUGGCUAUGAAACCUAUUUCUAGGUUUCCCAUUGAACCAGCACCCUGGAAGCAACUUGAUAAGACUCGGGUGUAUGAGAAACCUAUAUCCAGGAUCAUAAAAGCUCCGUUAAAGCCUGCGAGCCCAUUUCCUUCUGUUUACAGUGAGAUUGAAAAGAGAUUGAAGGAUCUAGAAUUCACCCAGUCAGGCAAGGAUCUAAGAGCUCUUAAACAGAUAUUGGAGGCAAUGCAGGUAAAGGGUCUCCUGGAGACAGAAAAAGAGGAGCAGGGUUCAAAUUUUACUGGUCAGAAAGACCAUCACCAGAAGUUUGCGAGUUAUGCACAGAGUGGAAAACUGGUAAACCAGAGGAUGAGGCAGAGUGAUCAAUUGACUGCUCCAACAAAGAGGGGGCCAAAUUCUUUAAAGAAUUUUGAAUCCCCAAUAGUCAUCAUGAAGCCAGCAAAAUUAGUGGAAAAAUCUGAUAUUCCUGCUUCUUCGAUGAUUCCACUUGAUGGAUUACCCACUUUCCCCAAACUUCAUGGUGGUGACUCUGUCUACGGAAGAAAGGGUAAUGCUACUAGCAGAACUGCUAAAGAACAUCACCAAAGAACUAGUUAUGGCAGCAGUUCAGUGAAUCCCAGUGAAGCAAGAAGAACUUCGAAACCUACACAAAUUUCAACAAGAUCCCAACAGCUUCCUAAAGAGAGCACAUCAGGCUCAAUAAAGAGCUCAGGAUCCAUCAGCCCAAGAUUGCAACAGAAUAGACUGGAGCUAGAGAAAAGAUCUCGGCCACCCACGCCUCCAUCUGAUUCCAACAGAUCGAGGAGACAGCCAAACAAGCAACAGACAGAGGCUAGUUCCCCAGGUGGAAGACGUAGACCAAGAGUUUCAAACAUCCAUCAAAAUGAUGGCCAUGUGAGUGAGAUCAGUAGUGAAUCAAGGAAUUUGAGUUGCCGUGGGAAUGAGAUUUCUGGUCAAUCCAAUGGGAAUGUAGUAGCAGAAUCAAAAGUAUAUUCUGAAGUCACUAGUUUUGAGCGCUCUCCUGAGGUGACAAGCAGCCGGAGUUCAUCUAUUGAUGUGUCCAAUUACCUGAGAUGUGACUUGGUAGAGAAGAAAUCAUCUCUGGUGCUCUCUGAGGAUGAACUGUUAGCUGAAUCUGCCCCAGAGUAUCCAAGUCCGGUCUCGGUUCUUGACAAUGCCGUAUAUACAGAUGAAUCACCCUCCCCUGUGAAGCAUACUCCAACAGUCGUGAAAGAUGAAAGCUGCAGCCGUGCUGAUAAAUUUUCCAGUCCGCCACAGAGUGAUCGAGCCAAUACUCUUGUGACUGAUGCCUCCAAUUCUGGUCUCUCAUCGGAAAUCAAUCGAAAAAAAUUACAAAACAUUGAGAAUUUGGUUCAGAAGCUCAGGAGGUUGAAUUCCAACCAUGAUGAGGCUCGCACGGAUUAUAUUGCAUCUCUCUGUGAGAACACAAACCCAGACCACAGAUACAUUUCAGAGAUCUUAUUGGCUUCAGGACUCCUUCUCAGGGAUCUCGGCUCAAGCCUAACAAGUUUCCAGUUCCAUCCAUCAGGUCACCCCAUCAACCCGGAGCUGUUCCUUGUCUUGGAACAAACCAAAGCAAGCACUUUAGUUAAGGAGGAAUUCUGCAAUGAAAAGAUGAGGCAGUCUAAGCCGAAGGAAAAGAUACGUCGGAAACUCAUCUUUGAUGUUGUUAAUGAGAUUCUUGCUGGAAAGUUGGCGUUAGUGGGACCAUCUUAUGAGCCAUGGUUGAGACACCAGAAGCUAGCAAAGAACGCUCUGAAUGCUCAAAGGCUUCUGAGGGAUUUGUGCGCGGAGAUAGAACUACUUCAAGCUAAACCAUCAAAAAGCGACUUGGAGGAUGAGGAAGAUGAGUGGAAAAACAUAUUGCUUGAGGAUGUGAUGCAUCGAUCAGAGAGUUGGACGAUAUUCACUGGUGAGUUAUCAACUGUAGUCUUGGACAUGGAGCGGAUGAUCUUUAAAGAUUUAGUUGAUGAGAUAGUGAGAGGUGAUGGUGCUGGUUUGAGAGCAAAACCAACUAGGCGUAGACAGCUAUUUGGAAAGUAGUACUAUAUCUCUACCAUUCUACUCUUGACUUCUCUUUGUUUUUUCUUUGUUUUCCUCCUCAGCCUAAUUAUUGAGUAGUAAAAUAAUUCAGAAAUACUCAUUUGCGUCUUGGGUUCUAUGUAAAGGAAUAAUUUCCUCUUAAUUGUAUUACCAACAUACUUAGUGAAGAUCACCUGUCCAGAAAAUGUACCAGUAUAUGUAUUGUUUUGCAUCCUGUUAUGCAGAAUUAUAGAUUUUUUUACCAGCUAG